UACAAAUCAUUUUGAUUUGGAUAGAUUUUGUUUCGUUUACGUAAAUUAUUAAGAGUUGUGUUGUAAUUUUUUUUCGACUCGUAUUUUUGUUACUGCAAUUUUUUAUUUGAUUAUCGUAAAAGAGUUUUGCAAAAACAUAUAGUCUGCAAAUUAUUUCAAUUUUGCGGUGGCUCCAUAAGUAGCCCUAAAUAAUGAUUGUGGUGUUGCGUCUUACGCGUGUGCCCUUAAACGCUCAUCAUGAGAAUACGUUAAGACGCAGCUGUUUAGGGAACGCGUUGUGGCUGCACGCAACCUCGAGUAAAUAUGCCGAAACCGAAAAACAGAUUCCUGGACUAACAAAUCCCCCGCGAAUUCCAUCAGCUAUGGAACCCAAAGCGGAAUCACCAAAACGUAUGCUUAAGCCGGGUUUUGAGAAACAUGCAAUCAAAAGUUUGAGUACCACGGAAAAGGAGAUGGAACUUCCAUUAAAAUCUUCUUUAGACAAUGUGACCAAAAUUCGCGGGGCAUCUAAAGUGAGUGAUAAUGUUCGUGGUUACGUCUUUACCCGUUAUUUCGAUUAUGUUAGGGGUUACGAUAAAUUAUUGGAAAAGAAUUUUCCCUCAGCUAUGAAAGUGUAUCGCGUGUUUUUUGAAGGUGUUAAAGAAUUCUUUGCGGACAUGAAACGUUAUUUGAAAAUAACUCGUAUAGUAAAUUUUAAAGGUAUAAAGUCAUUGAACCGCCAAGAAUUGGAAUUAUAUAUGCAAAUGCCGAGGGAUAUGUUCAAAAUGGCGCCCACUCUUAUAUUUUCAGCCCUACCCAUGGUAGGCUACGCAGUUUUUCCUUUGGCUUUUAUGUAUCCGCGCGUACUCCUAACAUCACAUUUUUGGAAUUAUCGGCAAAAGCUGGAAUUUCAGCACAUGGAAUUUCAUAAUCGUCUUACAUAUUAUCUUCCCGUAUUUCGAUGCCUGCAAGAGAAAUUGAGAUAUAUAGAAAAACAUCCAAAACAUAAAGAAUUGUCAAUCAUCCUUGGUCAAGUGGGUAGCGGAACACAUCCCACCGUAGAACAGUUAAUGGACGUCAAAUCUAUCUUUACUGAACCGCCAUAUAACCUCGUUUCCUUAAAUCGAAAGCAUAUCAGGAUGCUUGUAAAAAUGCACCAAGCUUCAAGAGGGAUAUUUAAACGUCAUAGUUUAUAUGAGCAUGCUUUUCUGCUUCAUUAUAUGGAUCAAGCCAUAUGUCGAGAAGGGGAUGUCCAUAAUAUGAAUGAGAAAGCCCUUCGCAACGCCUGUCUUAUACGUGGCCUCAAUCCAAGUAACUUGCCUAAGGAAGAAAUGAUUUCCUGGCUUCGAGAUUGGAUUAAGGUCUCAGCAACAAUUAAAGAGGAUCAUUUAACUAUGUUUCUCCAUUUGCCAAUAUUUCUAGCGUAUAAUCAUCCCAAUAACUGGCGAGUUGUAUAUGGUGGUGAUCAAACAUUCGAUACAAUGCCUUCAUCGGAAGAUAAAAGGAAACAUUGAUUACCAUCCGGAUCAAUCUUUUAAGUUGGUUACUAUGCUAAAGGUCUGAAUAAGAAGUUAUCUUAAAGAUUAUUCCUAUUUCUUUUUUGACAUAAAAU